AUGGCCGGCCCCAACCCCACCCCUCUGUCGGACCCCUACCAAGAACUCUCGCUCCCACCGUCCGCCACGCCGGACCAGAUCCGGCGCGCGUACAAGGCCGCCUGCCUGCGCUGGCACCCCGACAAGCACCCGUCUGGCUCCCCGCGCGAAGCCGCAGAGGUUCGCUUUAAGGCCGUCGUUCGUGCCUACAACAUUCUCACGGAUCCGGAGGCACGCGCGUCCUAUGAUGCGAGGAGACGAGAGCAACAUGACCCGUUCGCAGACCCGAUCUAUCGUAGGCAGUUUGCCGACGGCUUUGCCCAACAGUUCGCGAGGGAAGGACACUCGGUCGAUGCUGACAGCUUGUUCGAAAGCCUCUUCGGGCAAGGGGAGAGAGAAAAGUUUGAUGAACAGGCAAGGAGAUGGCAGACAAUGGAUCGAUGUGAGGAUAGAGAGAUCGAGCUCCCACUUACUUUGGAGGAGCUUUACGUGGGCUGCAUGAAGAAAAAGCGCUUGAAGAAGCCGGAUGGCGACACCUCUGCAGUCUUGAGUAUUGUAAUUCGUCCGGGCUAUCGUCAAGGGGAUAAGAUCAGGUUCAAGGAUGCUGCCGUCGAAGAUGGACACCUACCAGGCGAUGUCGUGUUCGUUCUCACGCAACGCUCGCAUCCCAGGUUUGAGGUUGAUGCAGAUGACCUUACCAUGCUUAUGCAAGUCAAGCUGGUCGACGCUCUUGCGGGCGCCGUUCUGGUUGUCAAGGGCUUGGAUGGCAAGGAUGUCAAAAUUCGCGUGGAUAAUGUCAUUCAUCCGGGCUACGUCCAUGUCGUUAAGGGGAGGGGCUUACCUAGGAGAGAAUCCCCACACGAACGUGGCGACCUGAGAAUUACCUUUGACAUUGCCUUUCCGACUAGGGUCGAGGCUGAAGACCGCACGGCUGUCCGAGAUCUCUUCAGUAAGAUAGAGGCCCAUACCAGUUGUAAGAUGUCUAUUCGGAGGUCGUCUAGCUUGUUUAUGAAUAGGGGGAGUGGUGGUCAUGGGCUACUCAACACGCGCCGCAGUUCUAUUGGCAUGCAGGGAGUGGGGAAGCCGCCCGCUUUUCGGCAUAGGGAGGCUAGUGAGAAUGUACCUAGUCCGGAGGGUGGUGCAAGCAAGGAGGACGCUGCCUCUGCUGCGGGGCAGGGAAGCGCUGCUCCACCGCGUGGGAUGCAGCCCAGCAAGUCGCGCAUGUACAAAUCCAGGCUUCGCUUUCCGUCCAUUUUCAGGUAG